AUGGCUUCUACGACUUCAAGCUCGGCUGCGACCGAUGCUCAGCCCUUCGAUAUCGUCGCAAGCUACAAUGAACUCCUCCGCUCCGAUCCCGACCUUACCAUGCCUAUCGCAGCCAUCGAAGCUCUGGUCAUGCUUCUCACACAGUCUGGCUCCUCCACAAUAUCAGAAACCCUGGACCUGCUCGAAAAAUCCACCACCCACCUGAAGAAAUCCAUUCCCAACCCUAUCGGUCUCUCCGCCGGAACCGAUCUUUUCCAACGAUACCUGAUUACUACACUACAACGCCCUGGCCUGCUAGGACCCGCGGGUGAUUUUAAGUCCAUUCGGACCCAUCUCUUGACAAACGGCCGAUUGUUCAUUCGUCGUGCAAAGGAAAGCCGUGACAAGAUCGCUACUUUCGGACGUGGCUUCAUUCGCGACGGCAGCACAAUUCUCACAAAUGGUGGCUCUCGAGUUGUCGCGGCACUUCUCCAACAGGCAGCAAAUGAAGAAGGUGGACCUUCUGCGGUGCGAUUCCGCGUUAUCUACGUCCUGUCCUCGACCGCCAAGGACUGCAACCACCCCAAUGAAGAGCCAGAAGGUAUGGAGACAGUACGAGCUCUGAGAGAAAAGGGUGUUCCGGUUUCGACGAUCCCCGAGUCUGCGGUUGCAUAUUCUCUCGGCAAGGCGGAUAUGGUUAUUGUUGGUGCGGAGGGUGUUGUGGAGAAUGGAGGUAUUGUGUCUCGCAUGGGAACUUACCAAAUCGGUCUUCUCGCCAAGGCCAUCGGAAAGCCAUUCUAUGUUGUUGCUGAGAGUCACAAGUUCGUUCGCCUGUACCCUCUUGGUCAAUACGAUCUGCCGAUCAAACAGCGCGUCAUCGAGUUCAAGUCCGAUGAAGACCUUGCGGAAGAGAGCAAACAGCAGUCUUCACCCGCAGGUACAAAUGGAGAUCAAAUCGAGCUCCCACUCUGUCACUCGGUUGAUUUCACUCCGCCUCAUCUGAUUUCAGCCCUGAUCACAGACAGUGGUGUCUUGACUCCUAGUGCCGUCAGUGAAGAGUUGAUCAAAAUCUGGUUCUGA